GGACCUCGACCAAAUCUGAAGAGGUGUCGAUAUAGUACUAUUGCACGUGAGAAAUAAAAGAGCGUGCAGGGCAAGGAGAAAGGACGAACGGUGAUAGAGAGUAGGAGAAAACAAGGAAGAGGUUGGUAAUAGCACGGAAUUUUAGGCGAGUAAGCUUGGAAGUCUGGAUGGGGGAAUCCCGAGGAGAAGAUUUCACAAACGGCCACGACACCAGACAUGAGUCCGAGAUAUCUGCUGUUUUAGGUGGCGGUCUGACGACGAUGCUCCAUGCCAUGGAAGUCCCAAGUCAUGCUAGACACCUCCUCCUGCAACUCAACACCCAGCGCACCAAGGGCUUCCUGUGUGAUGUCAUCAUCGUGGUGCAGAACGCGUUGUUCCGAGCCCAUAAGAAUAUUCUGGCCGCCAGCAGCCUCUACCUGAAGUCCCUGGUCGUCCAUGACAACCUCAUCAACCUAGACCACGAGAUGGUGAGUCCCGGGGUGUUCCGGGUCAUUCUAGACUACAUCUACACGGGCCGUCUGACGGAGGGAGACCCCAGCUCCCCAACAGAGCCCAACCUGGGGGCCGUGCUGGCUGCAGCUAGCUAUCUGCAGCUGCUGGACUUAGUGGCACUGUGUAAGAAGAAGAUGAGGAGAAAUGGGAAGUACCAUCUCCGCCCCACUCCUGCCUUUCUGCCCUAUGGGAAGAUGGGCCCCAAUAGUUUGGGUUUAGGGGGAGGGGGCAGGUAUCGGGUGUCCACCCCUGUUAUUCAGUCCUGCUACCCAGGGGGAGUUGUGAACACCCACACGCCCCGCGCCCCACCACUAGAGGAGCUGCCACCCCACCCCCAUGCCACCCAUGCAGGGGAGUUGUAUGCCCCCACCUCCUCUCAGGGCCCUCAGGUGUUCCCCUCCACACCCUCAGCCCUGCCUGCCCAGCCCAGCCUGCGCCCAGUUCACUCUGACAGGAACUGCUCCCCCAUCUAUGUCCUGGACCUCUCCAAGGAGAGCCCCAACUCCCAGUCCCAGAACACUCCCUCCCACCCCCACCUGGCCCACGCCCUGCCCCACCACGAUGAGGAGCGGGAGGGGGGGCUGAGUGGCCGCACCAGCCCAAUGCCGGGGAACAAUGGCGGGGCCUACCCCACAGAGAAGAUGGAGACAGCUGAUCAGGCUGGGUCUCUCCCACCUCAUUCUUACCCCCACCUUAAUAAGCCCCUGGGGCCCCACCUGCCCCACCUCCACCGCUCCAGCUCCCAAGGUCCAGACCACUACCCCUGCCCCCUCAGCCCCGACACCCCCACAGAGGCUGGAGAGCCCAGCAGGGAGAUGGGCAACAUCUACCGCUGGGUGAAGCAUGAGCCACUGUCAUACACAGCUGAGGAUGAAGAGGAUGACGAGGAUGAGGAGGAACGGGGUGGAAACGGAGACCAAAACCACCAGCAUCACAACCACCAUCACAAAGCAGGGGAGGAGAGCGAUGAUCGCUACCGUAGGGUGGGCUGUGAUGGGGAGGAGGAGAAGAGUGGCUCAGGCAGUGAGGGGACAGGCAGUAGUGAGGGUCGACCAUCACCCACAAGGGUCAUGGGGAGGUUCCACCUACCCUACGAGCCUGAGAGCUUUGGGGACAACCUGUACGUCUGCAUCCCCUGUGACAAGGGCUUCCCCAGCUCUGAGCAGCUCAACGCCCACGUGGAGACCCACACAGAGGAGGAGCUGUACUCUGGAGGGGAGAUGGGCAGCAGCAACCCCAAAAACAACAGUAGCAACAGCAAUGGUAACGGCAGCCUGAACAGCCUGGAGGGGAAGUCCAGCCAGAGCCUGACGCCUGGGGUCCUGGGGGAGAUCAUCAGACCCUAUCGCUGUAACUCCUGUGAGAAGUCCUACAAGGACCCGGCCACGCUGCGCCAGCACGAGAAGACCCACUGGCUCACAAGGCCCUACCCCUGCAGCAUCUGUGGCAAGAAGUUCACCCAGCGCGGCACCAUGACCCGCCACAUGCGCAGCCACCUGGGACUCAAGCCCUUUGCAUGCGACCACUGUGGCAUGCGCUUCACCCGCCAGUACCGCCUCACAGAGCACAUGCGCAUCCACUCCGGGGAGAAGCCCUAUGAGUGUCAGGUGUGCGGGGGCAAGUUCGCCCAGCAGCGCAACCUCAUCAGCCACAUGAAGAUGCACAGCAGUGGGGGGGGCGGAGGGGCUCUGACGGCCGACGGAAAGCUGAAGCUGGACUUUUCGGAGGGGAUCUACCCACUGAGUAAAUACGCAGCAGAGCACCUGGGGCUGAAGCAGGAGAAGGCCUCUGAGCUGCUGGCAGAGCAUGCCAUGGAGAGCCUGUUCCCGUUGUCCAAACUGGCAGGCGAACACCUGCGCCUCAGCCACCAUGACAAGAUGGAUGUCCUGGGGGUCCAGGCCCUGCCCCCUCCCCCAGGGUCCCUCUCUGACUUUCACUCUCGUACCAUUGAACGCUACUCCCCCAGCUAAAACCCUCUGACCAGUCACCCCCAGCAAGGCCUUGGCUACCACACAAUCCUGUGGGCACACAACUUAACUUACAGUAUUCUAAUGUCAUUCACUUCAACUCCAUCAGUAUCUGCACCUCAGACUAAGGCCAAUACUUGGCCUAAAGAAUGCCCACAAACUGUGUAGACUCUUAUAAGUGCCUUUCUUUCCUAAGUUUGCAUUAUAUGCAUUUUAAAGACCUUCCUAGAAUGAGAAACGUGCUAUUUCUAUUAUAUUUUGACCAAGGAAUACCCACUCAAAACAGUGUAGUAGUUAUGUAUACGCAAACCACCGAUCCAAAAACAAAUUGAGAACCAAAGAUCAUUUUUUCUUUGUUUUUUGUACAUAAUGAAAAACCAAAGAAACUGUUGCCAGAAAGUGUUGUAAUCUGACCCUACACCUGUGUACUAAAUGUACUUUUGUACUACUACUAUUGUAAUUGUACAUAAAAUGGGAAAAAAAGCACAUAUGGACAAGAUUCAGGGCUCCUGUCCAGAACUGAAAGGACUGUUGGACAAAAGAAAAAGCCAAAGCUUUGGGAUUUGCAAUUGAUUGGAACACUUUUUCUUAAUUUUGUUUUUUGGGGUACUGGAUUUUUCUCUCUAUCUCUCUAUCCAGUUUUACGCCAUGCUCCAGCUGUUCUAGUCACGAGGGAGGGACUAACUGAAAACAGCCUUCGCUCCACAAUUUAGGUAAAGUUAUCUGUGCUUUGUUUUUCUACCGUUGUUAUGUACUCUGAUCAUGAUGUUGUGUACAGAGAGACUGAUAUUAAGUGACAGUAAUAGUAGCUUAAUGACUUGUACACUCAGUGCCAUAACCCUUUGAACCCAUAAC